AUGAUAAGCUGCAAUUUUCUCACCAAAAUUCACAAUGCGCUAGUUGAUGUCAAAGGAAACACAGCGCCGUUUGGAGGAAUAAAUAUUAUUUUUGCUAGAGAUUUUGCUCAGCUUUCACCUGUGACUGGCAAACAACUAUAUGCCCACCUUGAUCUUAGAUGCUGUGCGACAACACAGGGACAAAAAAGUAUCUUUGGCAGACUCCUGUGGCUAUCAAUAAGCACUGUGGUUUUAUCAACAAAAAUAAUACGUCAAUCAGGUCCUGAAAACAAACGGUUCGUGGAAUCUCUUACAUGCCUGCAUGAAGGCAAAUUAAUUACCACCAGUGCUGGAAACACAAAUCAUUGCAAAUGGAAAGAUGCACCGAUCAUUGUCUGUGAUAAUGAAAGUAAAGAUGAACUGAACAUUAGAAUGAUGACAGCAUUUGCAAAAAGGACAGGACGGACUCUUCAUUGGUACCACUCAUUUGAAUUCAGGAAAAACAAACAUGCGGUUAGGUAA